CUGUAGCGAUUACUGCUUGAUUUUAGGGGUUUGAAGCAAAUAAAUCGAGCCGUAAUAUGGACGCAACAGACUCAACGAUUGAGCAAGUUCCUCUCGAAGGCCCGAAAACCAAUUGGCAAUAUUAUACGGACAAUUUUCACCGUUUAUGCCGGCUCUGUUUGUCGCAAGACAGGUUGGUCUCUAUCUACUAUAACGUGCAGGGGCGAAAUGUAUACUACAUACGAAAUUUUGUGAAACUGGCGCUUGAUUUGCUGAAGAUUAAGAUCAAUAAGCAUGAUGCGCUGCCGAACUUCUUGUGUGAAAAGUGUGAAAGAAAUCUCAAGAUUAUUACUAACUUUAAGCGAAAAUGUGAUGAAUCAAUGAAGCUGUUGUGCCACAUUCGCGAUAGCACAAAUAAAAGAGAUCACAGCAAACCUGUCCCUGAUGCAGUACGAAAAAGGAAGCGAAGAAGAAAAGUACCUACCAAAAAACUCAAGGAAGAUUGUGCAGACAUUUUGAAGAAGCUACCGCAAGAGAUUCACGUCGAAAAAAAGGCUAUAACCCUUAUAGAAAAACGUGUGAAAGAUAGCACGGAUAGUAGCACAAACUUUCAAAUACCUUACGAAGAAAAGAAUAAAUCGAUUGCUGUGAUCAUUGAAGCUAUAGAUCAACGAAACCUUGAAUGUUUGGAAACCAAAACCCAUGAUCAACUAUCACCAGAGUCAUUGAAUGAAGAUCAACCUGCCGGACAUCAGAGUAACGAUGAGGAAAUAGAGUUUAUCACCACGGACGAAUAUUUCGACGAACAAGAAGAAAACGAAGACAGGCACGAGACCCCAAACAUUUCACACCAAAACGAUCCUACUUCAAGGAAUCCAAAGCACAAGCAAAUAAAAACAUCACCUCACAAGGAGAAAAUCGUCUGUUCCGUUUGUGGAACAAAGGUGAACAAUAUCAAAUCCCACAUGGUCAUCCAUUCGGUACGAACACACAAAUGUGAACAGUGUCCAAAGAGUUUCACCUCCCGCAACAAACUACAAUCGCACGUGAAUGGGGUACAUCUGCGGAAGCGUGACUUCAAGUGCGACAUCUGCGAUAAAGCAUUCCUGGAGAAGAACAAUUUGAAAGGACACAUGCGUAUACACAAUGGCGAACGGAAGUAUGCAUGUAAUCUAUGCCCCAAGACUUUCCUGUUCGCUGGUACUUUACGCUGUCACAUGCUAACCCACACACAAGAGAAACGACACGAAUGCGAGGUCUGCGGGAAGCUGUUUCUAUUGCGAACGACACUUAACAAGCAUCUGCGGGUACAUUCCGGUGAAAAGCCACACAGUUGCAGCGUGUGUGAUAAGCGAUUCCGGACCACAACACACAUGGUGGUACAUAUGCGUACGCAUACAGGCGAGAAACCGCUAAGUUGCCGCAUUUGUGGGAUGUGCUUUGCACACCAUAAGGGUCGAAGUGUUCACAUGAAAACAAAACAUCCCCAGCAGCUUGUAGAGUUGGGUUUAAUCGACGAGAAAGGUCAUUUGAAAUGUUAGAAUCAUGCCUCGAUCUUCUAUCUACUUAUACUGUGCUACAACUACUUCGUGGUCUUGCCUUGCUGCAGGAAUCUUCUAAACGAGAGUGGUUGUCAUCCAGUUAAUUAUUAUGAGCUUUCUGACAGACGCAUCAACGCGAUAACUCCUUCUCAGUUUCGGCCAACCAUGUGGAUUGCGUAAAAAGACUUUACAGGAUGGUUCGUCCGGUGCCUUGUUAAUGACAUAACCUACCCAUUUGGGUAUUACAGUGGCUCUUUCAUCGUCAUUCCCCACCAAAAAUCUAUCAGAGCAACUUCCUCUCGAUCGCGUAUCUGAGAGGGUUUCGUCAGCCAAUUAUUCGGUGUUCUAGGAAAUCAUCUUUCAGAAGUUCGCGCGGCUAGCUGGUCAGAAGGAUAUUGAAGGAUAAUGGCGGUACCGAUACAAUACUGAUCUGAGAUCUACUGUUGAAUAAUUUUGUUGUGUUGAAUUGAUGCCGUAAGAAUUCGAAUGAUUGACAUGGUCUGUAAAACCCUCCCAGGUCGUUCAUAGUAAAAGGCAAUAUUUGAGAGAUUUGAAAAGUAAGUUAUCAAUAGCCAGUACUGUAGCAGUCAUAAAUAUUUUUAUGACAUUUAUAAAUAUAUUUAGUAAUAUUUAGUUAGCGGUCUUGUCCUGCUGUCCAUCCAAUCCCUUGUCCAAAGUUCAAUGUACCUGGGAGGACACUAUGGCAAUAAGGCUUAGUGUAAGCUUUCCCACAACCCUCAGUUCCAUUUAGACAACCCAUCCUUAUUGGCCAUUGUGUUCUAACUGAUAUAUACCAAAGCGCAUAUUGCCGCAACGCGAUCAUGGUGGAGUAGACUAGAAGUAUGCACUCGACUACUAGAGGAGAUUUUGAAUCUUGAUUUAAAAGCUUUGAGAAUAGUGGAGUAAAAUGAACAGGAUAAGAAACAUACAUGU